AUGCCUGUUUUCUCAGGUAGCCCUUGGCAAGCCGGUUAUGGUCACCAGAUGGGCGCUGGUCACCAUAUGGGCGCUGGUCACCAGAUGGACUAUGGAAUCGGGGGUCUGUUUCACAGCGUGGCAAGAGCGGUGAUGCUCAUGGUGAAGAGCGGAACAAAAGCUCUCGGUAACAUUGCCCUGAAAAGUGGGGCUGACCUUGUGGGUGAUGUUCUUGCCGGUAAAAACGUAAAAGAAGCAGCAAAAGCACGAACCGUGGAGGCUGCAAACGUUGCGAAAAGAAAAGCUAUAAAUAAGCUGAAGAGUUAA